AUGGAUCAUCCGGUUCCAGUGAUUGUUGUGUCUGGUAACUGGGCAAAGAAACAAAAAUAUGUAUUUAACACUGACGAUAGAGGUUGUAGAAUUGUGCAAAUAGAUGCGGAAACAACGCACGAGAAGCUAGUGAAAUUGGUUCUUGAUGACUACGGACUGCAUCAACUCAGCCACAAGGUGACGAUGAGCUACAUGCUCUCGUACAAACAUAUGAAACAUAUGUCGCAUGAUACUCCCCCAUUGAAGGACAGAUCGAAUUCAAGGACGAAACGGCCAAGCAGUUCGGCUUCAGAAGUAGAAUAUACAUAUGAAGACGCAAGAGGAUUUGAUGGUUUCUGUUAUGAUUAUAGUGAAAACGUAGACGAUGAAGCCAACGAAGAUGAAGCAGAGUACGAAUCAGACGAUGAAGAAGAAGAUGACGAGUUUUCACCCGAUUUGACAGGUCAUUACUUUGGCAAAGUAGGAUCGAUUGGGAACUCGGAGUCUUUAACGGUGGAGAUGGCUAAGCUAAACCUCGUCGUAGGACAACGAUACGCGAACAAAGACGAGUUGGAGAAACGAGUGAAACUUCUUGCAGUGAGAGAUGGAUUUGAUUUUUCAGUACCAAAAUCAAAUACGACUAUAGUGAAUAUUAAGUGCUGGGUUGAAGGAUGUCUUUGGAGAGUUCGUGCAUCUCAAGAAGGAGAUCAGCCUGGUUUUGUUGUACGUAUAUACGAUUCGGUACACUCAUGUUCUGUGAUGGAGAGAUCUAAUCGAUCCAAACAAGCUACACCUGAUGUUUUGGGACCUCUUUACAGGGACUUUCUUAGUGACAUUGGUCCGUUAGUUAAACCUAAAAGUGUUGGAAUAAUCAUCAGUAAGCAUUUUGGCAUAAAGAUGGAUUAUUGGAAGUCAUACAAGACGCUAAGGUUUGCAAGACAGAUCGAUAUGGGAACUCCUGAGGGAAGUUUUGGAGAAUUGCCUUCCUACCUAUACACGAUAAGACGGGCAAAUCCGGGUACAAUAACGCGUCUUCAAAUUGACGAGUGUGACAGAUUCAAGUAUGUCUUCAUUGCUUUUGGUGCGAGUGUUGCUGGGUUUGCUUACAUGCGGAAAGUUGUUGUUGUGGAUGGUACGUUUCUCCACGGUAGUUACAAAGGGACGCUUCUAACAGCCCUAGCUCAGGAUGGAAAUUUCCAAAUUUUCCCAAUAGCUUUCGCAGUUGUUGACACUGAAAAUGAUGAUUCUUGGCGUUGGUUUUUUACGCAACUCAAAGUUGCUAUUCCAGACGAGAGGAAUCUUGCGAUCAUCUCGGACAGACAUAAGUCAAUAGGGAAAGCAAUUGGUGAAGUGUAUCCGUUGGCUUCUCGUGGAAUUUGCACUUAUCAUUUGUACAAGAACAUAUUGGUGAAGUUCAAAGGGAAACAUUUGUUCCCACUUGUGAAAAAAGCGGCUAGGUGUUUUCGGAUGGCUGAUUUUACAGAAGCAUUCAAUGCGAUUGAAGCGCUUCAUCCUGAACUACAUGGAUAUCUCGAAAGAGCUGGGGUGCAAAUGUGGGCGCGUGUUCAUUUCCCGGGUGAAAGAUGUACAUGCCGCCGUUUCGAGCACGAGAAAAUACCAUGCGUCCAUGCAAUCGCAGCUGCAGAGCAUAUGGGUGUGUCUCGUAUUUCACUGGCCGAUCCGAACUACCGGAGCAAUUAUUUGGUUAACGCGUACGCUGAUUCAAUCUCACCUCCGGAUACUGCACUCUUGCUUCCUGAAAUUGUAACUAACCAGCCGUGCGUGCCUCCGAUCGUUGCAACCUAG